GUAUUAACGGAGCUCCUGAGGAAGCCAGAUUUCCCCAAUUCUCUUUCUCUCUGAAAUGGAUCUACGUGUAUUGAUUUUGAUUUCUAUUCUGUGUGUCCAAAUUAGGGCGGAAAGUAGUAGCGGUUCGAUCGUCUUCCUCGAGAGCCCUAGUCCUCGUUUUCUUCGUACUCGUUCAACAGAUGUCUUUGAUGAGAAGGAGCCCAUAUUGCUUUCAGAUGUCGCUGCUGCAGUGUCAGUUUUGCUUGGUUUUGCUCCACCAGCUUCUCUUUCGGCUGAGAGCGCAGCUAAGUUGAAUGAGAUUCUGCUGCCAAAUCCAUUUGAUCGACCUCGUGCUGCUCUUGUUUUGGAAGUUCAAGGAGCAGAAGAUCAGCAGCAGCUGUUCGAUCACCUUAGUGGCCCUAGUGGUGCCCAGAUCGGCAGUGGCUUUAGGAGUGGUGUUCUUGGUUCAAGUAAAGCUGAAAUCCUGCUUCCAGAUGCGGAUGAGGUCUCAGUGGUCUCCUUGAAUGAACCCGUAGGCUUUGAUUGUGAUGCAGCAUGCUUAGACAAAGAAAUUCAUGAACUUGCAUCCUGGUUGGGUGGGUCCUACAUUACUGGUGAGCUGGGACCACUAGAUGGGGAGUUGACUGUACCCUUGACCAGUGGCUCUCUAAAACUGCAUAUGUCAAAGAAUGCAGACAAGGAAUUCACAUUGGGUCUUGUAUCUAUGAUCCAUAAUAUCAGAAGGGCAGUUGAGAUGCAUGAAGAAUUUUCUGGGAGUAUGCAGAACCCAGCAGAGCUAAUGACUGGCCAUUUUACUGGCAUUAAGGCUUUGCUUGAGCAAUAUGGACCCGGUGGUGUUACUCAGCAAGGAAGGGAGCUGCUUCUGACUUCACUAAUGAAGCUAUUUGAUUCCUUACAAGCAGCAUUUAAAGGUCAAAUUGUCGGAGUCUUCUUCUUCAGAGGGAAAUCUUAUCCUGAGUCUGGAUCAAUGUUGGGUGUGAAAUUUAGUUCUCGGCCUUCUUCACGUUGGUUGACGGAGCAGGCAGGAUCAAUUAACUCGACCACCAUGUCAGAGGUGAUUCUUGUUAGACGGAGCAUUGCUUGGAUAACAGGAAUCAUUCUCCUUGUAGCAACUCUGUUUGGGAUCCACUUUCUUCUCAAUAUGCCCCUCACCAGAGAUACCCUUCUGUAUUCUAAUGUGAAGCUUGACUGAAUUAAGAGUGGAGCCUGUACUGAGUUUUCCAACCAUGAUAAGAAGAUUGGCACUGCUGGGGCUGUUGUUGGCCCUCUAAUUCAUGAGAUAUUUGUACCUCAGACUAUGUGCUUUGGUAUGGUCUUCCUAGAAUCGGGUCGUUUUUAUCAAAGUUCCUAUUGUUGUGAUAAUUACGUUUUCCUCGGUUCUUUGCUGCUGAAUGGCCUGCUUGGGCUGAUCCUAUGUUUAAAGAUUAGAGUUGUUGGGUUUAGAUGGCAGAACUUGAGUUGUAAGAAGGAAAUUCUAUUCAUUUCAUGAAACAGUGCAUUAUUGGGCACUAGAAAAAAAACUACUUCAAACCUAAAUUGUUUAUUUUUGGGUGGAAAAAUCUCAGGUUAUUAUGAUGUGAAAAUGUGUACUUGGUAAUACCAUGUUUGGUUUUAUAAUGUAAUUUAAGAAUAAAUUUUCAACUGAAGUUUCUAAUGCGUUCA